UUCGACUCGAAUAGCGCUCAGAAACCGGGACCGGGAGCUUCGGAUAAACCUGCCGUAGAAAAUGAAAAUUGAGAAGAUAUUCGAUGAGCUUGGGCAUUUUCAAAGAUAUCAGGCAUGUUUGUACUUUGCGGCAGCCUUCCAAGUCAUUGCCUGUGGGAUCCACUACCUGUCUCGCCGUUUCCUGGUGGAGACACCAAACUUCGUGUGCCGUGGACCCGGCAACAUCACAGAUGUCCUGUACAGUAACCAAACGGGAUCCAGUCUGGAAGAGUUCCUGCCCUACUUCAAACCAGGAACCGGCCCCCUGGUGGUAAGAACAUCAGAUGGCGACCAGUGGGAGCUGAGCCAGUGCAGCUACGCCCUGCGCAUCGACCCAAGAGACUUUACGUACCAAUUUGAUGGUAACAAAACAGUAAGAGCCUGUGAUGGUAGCUUUGUUUAUGACAACAGUGAAGUCUACCAAAACAUUGUGACAGACUGGGACUUGGUGUGUGAAAGAGAGUGGCUGGCCAAGUUGUGCCAGCCCACCUUCAUGAUGGGCGUGCUGAUUGGUGCGCUGGUGUUUGGAGAUAUUGCUGAUCGGGUCGGUCGUGUGAAGAUUCUGAUGUUCACCAGCCUCUCUCAGUUUGUGCUUGGAGUUUGUGUGGCAUUUUCUGGAAACUACUAUAUAUUUGUGGUACUUCGUUUUCUUCUUGCUAUGGUAUCUAGUGGUUACCAGGUGGCGGUCUUUGUCUACGUGACAGAAUUCACCGGCAGUAAGGUCCGCACAUGGACCGCCAUACAUGUGCAUGCGGCAUUUGCUGUCGGCAUCAUGGUCGUGGCUCUGGUUGGCUACCUGGUGCGGGUGUGGUGGAUCUAUGAGAUCAUCCUUUCUUUAUGUACAUCGCCUUUCCUGCUCUUCUGCUGGAAGUUUCCGGAGACGCCAUUUUACCUCAUGGCCAAAGGGCGCUACCAGGAGACUCAGGCCCUGCUGGAAUCGAUCGCUCGCUGCAACGGGCUUGAAUGCAGGCUGAAAGCGGAGGACCUCCUGGAGUCUGAGGGCCAGGAUAGUGCAACUCUGCUGAAGAAGAAGGGAGAGGAUCAGCAGGCUACACCCGAAAGGAAGCUGUCCAUCCUGGAUCUGUUCACCCGAAGGUUGGCGGGUCGUACCUGCACUGUGUGGGCUAUCUGGUUCAUCGGCAGCCUGGGCUACUACGUCUUCUCUUUGGGCUCAGUCAACCUCGGAGGAAACCAGUACGUUAACCUCUUCCUUGCUGGUGCAGUGGAGCUUCCCUCUUAUCUGCUGGGCUGCUUUUGCAUGGACCGCAUUGGCAGGAAGAAGACCUGUGCCCCUGCUCUGCUGCUGGCCGGGGUCACGUGUUUCCUCAUCAUUGUGGUUCCUGCUGACAUCAAAGCACUAACCAUCGCUCUCAGCAUGACGGGGAAGUUUACCAUCUCCAUCGCUUUUGGGCUCAUCUACCUGUACACCUGUGAGCUUUACCCAACCAUCAUCAGGACUCUGGCAGUUGGCAGCAGUUGUAUGAUCUGCCGUGCUGGCAGCGUGGUGGCCCCGUUCUGUGUGUACCUGGCUGAUGUGUGGUUUUAUCUCCCUCAGCUCAUCGUGGGGAUCCUGUCUUUCGUUAUUGGGGUGCUGACACUGCUGUUGCCUGAGACGCUUGGCAAACCGUUAACCACGACGCUGGAAGAGGCCCACGAGCUGGGACGCAAACCCAGCAAGAAGAAUUCAGACCUGGCUUAUAAAGAAAUAGAGGACGGCUGUGAGAUGAAGCAACAAGAAGUGAAGGCCUGAAGUCACCGCGGAGGGAAGCCUAGAAACCAGCAACAAGAAGGGAAAAAACGGGAUGCGAUCGUUGCUGAAAACAGAAUGAAAAACAAAAAACACAAUUUUAACAGAAUUGCAGAACAGUUUCUUGUCUUAUUGUUCUGCGACCAACGGUUUAGGAGUCAUGUGGUCAUCAGACACUACAGAGCUGCCCGAGAGUCCAACUGGACGCACGCUUGUCUUACUGUCGGCAAGAAGUCUGAAACAUUAUCAGCACAUUAGAACCUUGUGUAGAAUGUGAGGCAGAUAUGGAUCCAGGAUUCUUUCUGGCUUUUGCCGAAGACACAAAGAUUAAAAUAAUAAUAAUUAUGGGUCUACAUCCAGUCUCACAUUGACCUUAAAACCAGAUAAAGUCUCUUGACCCCCUCCACAAAAUUUUAAAUGAACUCUGUAACUCUUUAAGAAAUCCUGUUAAAUCAGGGAGACGAACAAAAGUCACCAAUCGUAUACUAACGAUGAGCCAGCGAUACAGUGCCGAAGGUCUUUUCCAAUGGGCUCCAUUCUCCUUCACGUGCCAAAUUUUGAACUCCUAGUCAUGUUUCCACCAGAAGAAGACCAGUUCUUAAUCCGCCCCUCCUUGGACGAUGUCUUUGGUAACUCAGAACUGGUGGAAAUGUGCGUUGGUUCAGUAGACGGCGCCAACGUUCAACUGACCCUAAAUGGACCCGGUUGGUGGAAAAGAUCAAAUGGAGCGAGACACUCAUGUUCGCUAGCGUUGGUGAUCUAGCGCCAUCUGUUGCACUGUGAUUUACUUUCAGUGUUUGCAGAUCAAGCUGUCGUAUUAAAAUGCAUACGUGCCACGUUUAUGUCACAAACAUUUUUAAACAUCUCGCCUUUUAUUUUACAGUAUGUAAGUGCCUUUGCUUUGAUACCUGUGUUUGUUUUAACCCUCAGGGCAUCUGUUUUUGGAUAUCACUGUGAAAAUAUCAAAUGUACACUCAGUUUGUAGGUGUUCCAGAUAUCGUCUUCUUUAAGGUGAUGUUGGUAAAUUAUGUCAUCACAUCCGCGCAGGAUCGCUUGAUGACGGUGAAGACUCUUAUAAAAUUAAUAGCGGUAGCAGUAAUGCGUUACCAACAUUAUCGUUGGUUUACUGACAUACAGCAUUUUAAUAAUCAUGUUCUCUUGGAGAGUCUCUGGACAUUUUGUUUGUAUAUUCCCAUCAUAUGUCAUGUUCUUCCCAUGAUGCAUCACUACUACUAAAGGCUGCUGAACACUUGGGAGAGUUCAUGAAAUUAAGAUCUUCAUAAUGUUGUUGUUAGUUGGUGAUUUGUGCUUGAUUUACACUCUUGUACUCACAUUUCUGUCCAUGCCUCAAUAGUUGUAUGCAUGUUAGCAAGAUAUCUUAAAUACGCCAAAUCUGAUUUUGAUUAAACUUGGCAGGUACACUGGGCCUGUGGACGGGAGGAA